AUGUUAGACAAGAGCCUACUGCCAGCCAAUAUUUCCAAAGAACGCUUUCUGCAGCUAUUAGUCCGUUAUGACUCCUUAAUCGAAUCAAUAUCUUCAGAGAAAGGGGCCAAACCAGGUCAAAAGACCCUUCUUGAGCUGGAUCGUUUUCGAUAUCAUGAUGCCCCUGCCUUAUUUCACUUCGAUGACUUGGAACGGUCGAUGAAGUUUGAUGACGUGAAGACUCUAGUUGAUUGGAAGUUACGUCAUGGGAAGUUUCGCCCAACUUUGACGGCUCUCGUAUCAUCAAAUGAUGAGGGGCUCGUUGAGAGUAUCAUCCAAGAAGCAGUAGAACAAUAUCAGAUCGACUCGGACGCAAUUAAAGCCAACCACACCAUAAAGGAGCUAAGAGGAAUUGGCCCCGCCACGGCCUCACUUCUACUAUCCAUCUAUGACCCCCACAGAGUCAUCUUCUUUUCAGAUGAGGCUUUCUAUUGGUUGUGUUGUGACGGGCAGAAGUCUCGCAUCAAGUACAAUGUUAAAGAGUACCAAGAGCUGACCGCCGCGACGCAAACCCUUUUCAAGCGACUAGGAGUUAAUGCCGUCGACGUGGAAAAGGUGGCUUACGUGUUAAUGAAGGAAGGGGAUUCAGAAAUAACACCUGUCGAUGGGAAAACUGCCUCAACAUCUGAUACGAAUCCUGCGCAAGUGGAUUCGACUAAGAAAUCAACCAAGAGAAAAGAUACGAUCUCCGCCGAUGAUGCAGAUUCUAAUGCGCCUGUUCGUCGGUCAAAACGAGGUAAAGCUUGA